AUGGCUUCCAACAACCUCCCGUCCUCGUUAGACGAUGAGUUCCCGCCAAGAGCGGAUCUGCGUCAGAUGAUGGCCCAGCAGCCACUUCCUACGAUUCCCUCUAGUAUGAUAGAUCCGACUUCUAUGGCUAGCGAUGAGGCAACCAAACAGGCGCGCGCUGUGUUGAAGCGCUUGAGCGCCGCACUGGCCGACGACGAUGCUAAUGCUCUCCAGGGCUGCUUCUUUGACAAUCAAGCAUAUUGGAAGGAUCAGUUGGCUCUCACCUAUCACCUCCGCACGUUCAAUACUCCCAGAAUAAUCGCCGCGAGCCUUUUGGAAACAAAGACAUUGAGGAAUGUGAAGGGGGAAAUUACGGUAGAAGGCGCCGCUAUUUUCCUUCCUGCGACGCCGACACUUCAAUUCAUCGAUUGCGGAAUUGUUUUCCGGACGGACUCUCCAGGCGCGACAUGCGAAGGGAAGGUAGUGCUCUUGCCUGUCAAAAGUGAUAAAUGGACAGUUGUGUGGAAAGUCUGGAUCCUCAGCACCAUUCUCAAGAGCUUAGAUUUGCAACCAGAGAACGAGGGACUACUCCAGUCUCCGAGGAAACAAUUGGAUGGUCUUGCGUCAUUCGACACAGAUGUCUUCAUUAUCGGUGGAGGCAACGCGGCUGUCGCGCUUGCCGCACGUCUUAAGGCUCUGGGUGUAGAAAGCGUCAUGGCCGAGCGGAAUCCGCGGCCAGGCGACAAUUGGGCUCUCCGUUAUGACUGCAUGCGGUUUCACAUCCCCACGUCCUUUUGUGAUCUGCCCUACAUGUGCUAUGACCAGGAGCUCCAAACUCCACAUCUUCUCGCGAGGAAUGAGCUAGCACUACAGGUCCGACGAUAUGUCGAGACAUUCAACCUUAAUGUGGUCUCCUCGGCUCAGAUCCGGUCGACGCGAUAUAAUCUGUCUUCUAAGAACUGGGAGGUUGAAUUUGAUACUCUUACCGGUCAGCUCACAGCCAACUCCAAACACCUUGUCCUUGCGACCGGCAUUGGGUCCCAGAAGCCCUAUCUUCCAACGAUGGUGGACAGUCACUUAUAUCAGGGCAUCAGUAUUCACUCGGCGCAGUACCAGAAUGCCAACCAGCUUGCAGAAAAGGGAGCCCAGUCCGUCCUAAUCGUCGGUUCUGCUAACACAGCAUUUGACGUGCUCGAGGACUGCCACGCUGCUGGACUUCACACAACAAUGGUUGUCCGAUCCCCAACGUACAUUGUCCCUGUAGAAUACAUCUGUGAUAAGCAUAGUCUCGGUGCCUAUGACAUGGGCGUGGAGGCAGCCGAUCGGCUGUUUAUGACGCUGCCAACCUGCGUGGACAGCCAGCUUGCCUGUGGCCUGAUGAGGCAGUUUGCGAGCCAAGAGCCGCAUCGGUACAAUGCACUGGCCGCAGCUGGAUUCCCUGUUCUUGACAGCCGUGACCCGAACGUGUCCCUUAUGCAUAACCUGAUCGAGCGGGCUGGUGGACACUACGUCGAUGUGGGCGGCACCAAACUACUGGCAGAGGGCAAAGCUGGCAUCAAGGUCGGAGUCGAGCCUGUCGCGUUCACGACGACAGGUCUUCGAUUCUCCGAUGGCAGCUCCGUGGCCGCAGAUGCCGUGGUGUGGUGCACAGGCUUCGCCGAUAAAGAUGUGCGUGAUACAGCUGCCCAGAUCCUGGUUGGGGACGCACCAAACCAUGAGAGCGAAAAUGAAAGCAAGCAUUUUCUCGGUCCUCGCGAAAUUGCAAGUCGCCUUGACGCAACAGGGGGUAUUGAUGGGGAGGGGGAGAUCCGCGGUCUAUGGAAGCGCCAGUCGCGUGUUGAUAACUUCUGGGUCAUGGGUGGUUAUACGCAACAGCACCGGUGGCACUCGCGGACCUUAGCCCUGCAGAUCAAGGCAUCUCUGGAAGAUAUUUUGCCGCCAGCAUAUAGGGACACACCGAGUCCAGCCCCAGUAGCUCCGCAAAGGUUUCCUUUAUUGUAG